AUGCGCACAACUUUGAAAGGGAUGAUGACGCGGUGCACGGCGCCGCUGCGCAAGGCGAAGUCGGCGGAUUCGGACACGUUCUUCGGUGCCUCGAUGCCCGCGGCGCUGUCCGCGACCGGACUUUCGUUCGGUCUCACGGAACAACAGCUGCAGUACCAGGAGACGGCGCGCAGCUUCGCCAAGGAGAAGAUGAUCCCCGUCGCGGCGGAGUACGACAGGUCGAUGAAGUACCCCCAUGAUGUGUACAAGCAGGCGUGGGAGCUUGGCUUGACAAACAUGCACAUCCCUACAAAGUACGGCGGCCUCGGCGCGAGUGCCGUGGACGGCUUGGUUGUGCAGGAGGAGCUCGCCUACGCGUGUUCGGGUAUGGCGACGGCGUUCGAGGGCAACAGCCUCGCCGAAGCGCCGCUCCUCAUCGCCGGCACGGAUGCGCAGAACGCAAAAUAUCUGAGCCGCAUGGUUGAAGAGCCGCUGCUGGCUGCCUACUGCGUGACGGAGCCGACGGGUGGGUCGGACGUGGCGGGCAUGAAGACGGUUGCGAAGAAGGAGGGCGACAAGUGGGUCAUCAACGGCUCCAAGAUGUGGAUCACGAACGGCGGCGUGGCUAACUGGUACUUUGUGUUGGCGCGCAGCGAGGGCGGCUUCACCGGCUUCAUUGUGGACGCCGACACGCCUGGCGUGACGCUCGGGCAGAAGGAAAUGAUGCUUGGCCAGCGGUGCAGCGACACGCGCGGCAUCACGUUCGAGAACGUGGUGGUGCCGCAGGAGAAUGUCGUGGGCGAGGCAGGCAAGGGCUUCCAGGUGGCCAUGAAGGCGUUUGACUUUACUCGUUCUGCGGUCGCCAUCAGCGCUGUCGGGCUGGCCCGCCGCGCCACGGACGAAGCAACGAAGUACGCCCGCGAGCGCAUGACAAUGGGCAAGCCGAUUGCGCAGCAUCAGGGCGUUGCGUUCAUGUUGGCAGAGAUGGCGGCUGGCGUGGAGGCGUGCCGGCUCAUGACGUACCGCGCUGGAUGGGAAACGGAUCAGGGUCGCCGCAACACAUACUACGCUUCGUGCGCCAAGAUGAUGGCGUCCGACCUUGCCGAGAAGUGCUCGACGAACGCGGUGCAGAUCUUCGGGGGCAACGGCUACAACGCGGGCUACCCAGUGGAGAAGCUCUACCGUGACUGCAAGAUCUUCUCGAUCUACGAGGGCACGACGCAGAUCCAGCACACGAUCAUCAGCCGUUAUGUGACGGGCAUGCGCUGCUGA